CGCUCUGGCCAAGUUGUUGAGGCGCGUGAACCAAAAAGAUAAAAGAAAUUAAAAUAAAGGGAAAAUUCAACCUCAGUUAUCUUUCACCGUGGAUAAAUUCAUUCCGAAAUACAAAUAAUUUACCAGUGUGCAGAGGGGAUUAUUGAAUUAAAAAUAAAUGAAAGCCCGCUAAUAAGGAAAUUGGUUUGAAAACUCGUUAAGAACCCAAAACACGCACAUUAUGCGUUGUUCGGUGUAGAGCAAAUUGCGUAUACGCCACGUUGGACCGUCAAAAGGAUUUCGUAAACAUAUUGUUGCGGAAAAUUGCAUGUAUCAAUUUAAAUAAGAAAAUUGUUUGCACAAUUUUUAUUUGUUUGAACGUUUGACAAAUAUUCAACGGAUUCACUUAUAGCCGAAGAAAUGGACAUUGUCAUACGUGAGGAGGACAUUUCACUGGCACAAAUUGGUGUCUACGCCUCGGUAUCCUUUCUGGUGGUUUCCGCUGUUGGGGCAGCCCUUUAUACCACCUGCUCGAAAAGGUAUCGCCUAAAUUGGUUUGAGCAAAAUCUCCUAGAGUCUGCGAAUGAAAAGGAUGAGGAUCAACAGAGCAGGGAGGCCUUGGUAGCCGGUGCCGUGGGCUAUAAUGUGGACAAUAUAAACGAGGUGUCGCGUGGGAAAUUCAGCAGUGGAAAUGCCGGCAACCUUAGUCCCACAUCUUUGAAAAGCGAGGACAAUGACCCGGCCUUUUGGGUACCAGCUUCGGUCACCUCGGCAUCCGGCAUCCAGCAACAGGUUUCAAACACCACCGAGGAGUCGGCCCCGCCCACACCCACAUCGCCCACUGGUAGCCUGAAGUCAAACACCUUGUCCUACUGCUCCACCACCUCAGUGCCAAUUGCCAGAUCUGAUAAGCACGUGGUCCUAGCCAUGCACCCAAGUCGUCCAAGAGUUUCCUCUAUGAAUGCCAAAUUAGAUCACACAAAAAUUGAUAUGACUUUGUAUAGGAGCCACUCUCAGCCGAAGACCAUCAAUCCAGUUUCCCUAAACGAAGUACGUGGCAACCUGCAUGUCAGCAUUGGCUAUGAUCCUGUUGGUGGCUUGCUAAAUGUUAGACUACUGGAGGCUCAAAAUCUGCAACCGAGACAGUUUAGUGGAACUGCUGAUCCCUAUGCCAAAGUCAGAUUGUUGCCGGACAAAAAGAAUUUUUGGCAGACUCGGAUACACAAGAGGACCUUGAAUCCAGUCUUUGAUGAACAAUUUGUAUUUGAGGUCACAGCGGGUGUAAUUGACAAGCGUACAGUAGAAAUUUUGCUUUACGACUUUGAUGCCUAUUCCCGACACGUGUGCAUUGGAGGAACUAAGCUUCAUUUGGCCAAUUUGGAUCUGAGCGAACCGUUGAAGCUCUGGACUCCUCUUAGUUCUGCCUCGGCUCAGGAUAUGAAAGUGGAUUUGGGAGAUAUAAUGGUGUCACUGGCUUAUUUACCAUCUGCGGAACGUCUCAUGGUGGUCCUGAUCAAGGCCAGAAAUCUGCGGAUUGUUGACGAUGCUCGAAACUCUUCGGAUCCAUAUGUAAAGGUUACUCUCCUGGGCCCCGGUGGAAAGAAGAUGAAGAAGCGUAAGACGGGCGUUCAAAGGGGCACGCUCAAUCCGGUUUACAAUGAAGCUCUGGCUUUUGAUGUCGCCAAGGAGACUCUGAAAAAUUGUGUACUUGAAUUCACCGUGGUCCACGAUGGUUUAUUGGGAUCAAGUGAAAUUUUAGGUCGUACCCUUAUUGGAAAUUCGCCCGAAGUCCGCUGUGAGGAAAAAAUAUUUUUUGAAGAAAUUUUCCGUGCCAAAAAUGCUACGGCCCAAUGGGUUCCACUACAGGAACCGGCAAACAACUUAGCCACUACCGCGAAAAAUUCAACCAGCAAGAACUAGCUUCCACAGUUGUCGGCUGCUUUUGGUUCGUGUCUAAGUAGAGACGGCGGCGGUGGUUGUCUUGGGUAAGCGUAAGUCUCGUAUAAGGGUUAUGUCGUGGCUGAGCGCAACAUUUUGUUGUAGUAGGAAGUAAGCAAAUGCUUAAACCUUUUGUAUGCUAACAUUUCAACAACAUUCCGUUUCUUUUGAAUUCGAUAGAUGAUCGGAUGAUAAAUUAAUAAGAGAUUCGUAAGAUUUGGAAUCGAUUGAUUGAAUACCCUUAUACCCUUACAACUAUUAUUAAAAAAAAGUUUUGUAAUACAAAAGAAAAAAUAUAGAAAAUUCCGUGGGAGGAUGAAAAUUCAGAAAACAUGUACAGCUGUUUCCAAAUUAAUAGAAGUAAUAGAAAAUAAUAUUUGACCUUCUUUAAAAGCAUUGCGAAGCUACUAUUAUUGUGAGAACGGCUGUACAAAUAUAUCAUUUUAUAUUUAAUAUAAACCAAGAUUAUUGGUUAAUUAUUAAAAACAAUUACCGGAAUAAGGGAACUUGCAGGGAUAUGUUUUAAGCAGGAUAGGGAGUCGAAAAAGAUUGUCACACUACGAUCACUAAACAGUUUUAAAACAAAUCAAAUAUAUCUCAAUGAAUGUGCUUUGAAUGGUAUCAAUUAAUCAAUUAAGAAAAUAUAUUUAAUAUACCCUUUAUGCGUCAGAAAUGUCAAGAAGUACCUAAAAUGCAAAAUACCAACUAUAUUAAAUUAACUAAAUAAAUAUUUAUAUUACAUAUACAAAUAUUUUCGGAACGCAAGCGAUGAUUAUUAUUCUGAUUUUAUAAUUUUUAGGCGAAGGUUUCAGGGCACAGAGGGCACAAAGAUCCAUAGAGUUUUAAUUUUAUUUCCGGUUUACUGAAAAUUCCUUGAAAAUAUAUUGCAAAGCUAGUAAGUGAGUGUAACCAGAACUAUUCUUAUAUACAUUAUACUUAAUGUAGUGACUAAAUAUAUAUUAUAUAAACUAAAUCGUGUCUAAUUAGUAGACUUAGCUUAAACACACAAUGUAUUUCUUAAUCGCAAACUACCUUAUAUUUAUCUAUGUUAAAUAAAGUUCUUAGAUCUUA